AACAGCACUGGUAAGUUUACAAGGAACCACAUUAAUAUUUUGUUUUACAAUAAUAAGAAAACAAGCAAAUUUAAAUGGAUAAAAAGCCAGCCAUAAAACGAAACCGAGAAAAAAGAAACAAUAAAAGAUGGACUGAUAAUGAAAUCAAGCAGUUGUUGCAAUAUUUGCAAGAGCAGCCAGAUUUUGAGAAACCCACAGCCCAAAUAUUUUAUCGGCAAUUUUUAAAAGCUUCCAAUCUCGAUGCCACUUGGGAUCUGUGCCGUUGGAAAAUCAAAAACCUUAGAACCACAUAUAAAAAAGCAGAGACUUGGAGAAGAUCUAAUGGCUUGUUUGAGACCGACCCAGCCGUACAAGAUAAGUUAAGAAAAAUUUGUCGUUUCUACGAUGACCUGCAUUGUGUUUUCGCACAAAGAUUUUCAGAUUUCCCGGACGAAUUGUUUGAUAGUGCCUCAACAACAGAUAUGAGUUUUAACCGAACAUCGCUGACAGAAAGUACUAUGGACGAUAGUAUUGAUGAAUUCCAUUUAGCUGCCGUAAAAUCCGAGGCAAAUGAUGACAUUGAAGAACAAACUCCGUUAUUAGUUCCUUUGCGUUCUGAAACAACUUCUCCGGUUUCAUCUGUACCAGCAGAACCACAAGAUGAUGAAAGAGUCAUAAAUCAUAAAGAUGAAAACGUCCAAUUGAAACCUGAUGCAUUUAAAAAUUCUUUGGAUGAAAUUUCUCAAAAGAAUAGGGAACAAAGUACAUUUUUAAAAAUGCGACUUGAAUUUGAAAAAGACAGAUUUCAAAAGGAAUUCGAACUAAAGGAAAGAAAAUUUGCCGAGGAAAUUAAGGAGAGACGGGAAAAGUUUGAAUUGAAGAAAUUGGAAAUGGAGCAAGAGAAACAUUUGCGCAUAUUGCAGCUGGAAAAGGAGGAGAGAAUCGAAACGUUUGAAAUUAAAAUGCGUUACCGCCGUUCUCGUUCACGUUCACGUAGCAGUGAUUAGACAAACAAAUGUUUGUAUUGAUUGAAUAUUUCCAAUAAAAAAUGUUAAAGAAAAAGAAA